AGGAAGGAAAAGACUCCAACCGUACUAAUUUAGCUGCGUCCUUCGCUACGUUCUUCUUCUGCAUGUUCUUUUUUCUUUUUCCCUCUUCCUUUCCUUUACCCCCCCACCGUUGCCUGACUAUCCCACCUCUCAAACUCCUCGAUCCCUUCAGUGGAAAUUAAUUCUGACUGUGUGGUUUCAUUCUUUGCCCUCGCACUUCAUGCGCUCUGACCACCGAGGAAUCCUACCGUAGCCGCUGUCACCGCAUUUCUCUCCGACGAGCCGAUUCCUUAUCUUUCUCACACAGUUCAACGAAUUGAUUGCACUGCGAUUGACCCCGAGUCGGCCCCCCUUUCCCCUCUCCCACCCAAAACCUCAAGCCCUCGACAUGGCGACACCGUUGUCAGGCGACAGCCUCGUCCCCAUGGCCGAAUCCGUACCUUUGACGUCGCGCGAAGCAGCGUCUGGACUGCUUGGCUCCAUUUCGCUCACCUGCUGGAUUUUCCUUCUUGUUCCUCAGCUCAUCGAGAACUACCGCAACGGCAACGCCGAAGCCAUCUCCCUCCUCUUCCUCUUUGUCUGGUUCGUCGGCGACAUCACCAACCUCAUCGGCGGCGCCUGGGCCGGCCUAGUCCCCGUCAUUGUCGCCAUUGCCGUCUACUUCUGUAUCGCAGACGGCGUCCUCAUCAGCCAAUGUCUGUACUAUAAGGCCCGCAACUCGCGCCAAGCCGCGGCGCGCCAUCGUCGGAGACGCUCCUCCGUGGAAACCCCGGACACGGUCACGCCCUUGCUGGGCCGACGGUUCAGCGACGCGGUCGAGCACCAUCGUCCGGUUGCGCGCCGGGCGGAGGGUUAUGUCCAGGGCAGUACCUCGGGGCCCGAAGACACUCUCGCGAAGAUCGUUGAGGAGAAUGACGUCGGUCGCAAGGCGUGGGUCAAGAAUUUCAGCAGUGUGCUGGCUAUCUGCGUCAUCGGCAUGGCGGGCUGGACCAUGGCCUGGCAGACGGGCGUCUGGAAGCCAGCCCCCAAGGAGGUGGAUGGCGGAGUGGACAUGGCACCGGGCGCGAUGGUGCUGGGAUAUAUUAGCGCGCUUUGCUAUCUGGGGUGAGUUCAUAUGCAUUCAGCAAAUUCAUGGUGUUGGCAGUUUGGGGGUUGUAGUUGUUGGGAGGGAAAAUUUGGGUGCUAACAAACAACAGUGCGCGUCUGCCGCAGAUCUAUAAGAACUACUGCGAAAAGUCAUGCGAGGGACUUUCACUUCUGUUCUUCAUCCUUUCCCUCAUGGGAAAUCUGACUUAUGGCGCUGGG